AUGGCCGAAAGAUUAUACGAUUAGACAUUUCUGGAUUGGCGGAAGAAAUUGAUGUGGAUUUUGGCGCCGACGAUGAUUCGAUUGAAUAUAUCGCUCCUCUCGAACCGGAGGUCUUAGUGGAAGAAAAUGAUAUACAUCAGAUGAAAAAUAAAAGGAAGCGAGGGAAGGUUGAAGCAGUGUGGGAUGAGGCAAAUAUAAACAAACUCAUUUGUGCCGUAGAGACGAAUGACUGCAUAUGGAACGCUGGAAACGAAGAAUACAAAAAUCGUGGUAUGCGCGAUUCUGUAUGGCAAUAUAUAGCCGAAAAUAUUUUUGAUGGAAAAUAUAGUGUAGCAGAAGUAAGCGCCAAAUGGACAAACCUCCGAAUCCAGUUCCGGUCAUACUACGCAAAGAAAAAUAAAAGGAAAUCUGGCCAAGCAGCUUGUUCUAAAACAUGUUGGAAAUACUACAGCCAAAUGAUGUUCAUUGCUACUUCCGAAGAACAACAGACGGCAAGAUCCGAAUCCAAUCUGGUUUUAGAGGAGAACUUCGUCGAGGGGACACCAAAAACGCAUGUCAGCAACCCAAAAAACAAGCGUACGCGACAAUCUACAGAGUCUACAGGAGAUCCUACUAAGGCAAUUGCUCUGGAAGGAAUGCAAGCCGCAUUGAAGAAAAUGUCUGAAGUUGAUAGCUUCCAGGUGUUUGGGAAUUAUAUUGCUGAGGAGCUGCGGAAGAUUUCCGAUGUAAACGCUGCGAACAGGAUUCAACGAAAACUAGCAAGACAGUUGAUUGACUGUCUGGAUGAACUAGAAUAUACAACAUGA